UCUCUUCCUCCGUCUUUCUCUCACUGCCAGAGAUCUCUCUCCUCUCUGCUUCUCCCAUCUCUUCGCAGUCCUCUCCCCAGCUCGGUCCGCCACUUUCUCUGACGCACGACGAGGGGUGGGGGGGCAAGGGGGAGAAACCAAGUCGAGGCCGAUAUGAUCCACAUGCCCAUACGGCUGCCGCUGUGCUGACGGGAGACGCGCUCCUGAAGCCGCUAGGAGAACACUCUCACCCGGUUGUUGAACGCUCGCCCGAGAGGCGGCACAGGAGGAGGAGGUGGAGGAGGAGGAGGAGGAGAAGGUGGUGGUGGUGGAAAGGGUGGAAAAGGAAGAGGAUGGGCAGAAGUGGAGGACUUGCAUUUUAAACAAACUGCUUAGAAAAAAAAAGAGAGGAGAGGGAGAGAGAGAGAGAGAGAGAGAGAGUCGGUAUCACUGGAGAGCAAGAGAGAGAUAGGGGGAGAGAUCGCAUUCUUAUCACGUCUUCAUUUCUUUUCUCUCCUCUCUUUCGGUUCAGCCACUAAGAGAGGGUGAGGAAAAGGGGGAGAGGAAAAGAGAGAGAGAGAGUGAGAACGAGAGAGAAAAGGAGAGAUAGAAGAAGAAGAAGAGGAGGAGAAGGGGAGAACGAGAGAUUUACCAGAUUCAAACUAGUGAUCUUUUUUUUCCCGAUGCUUUCCAAUUGCUCAACAAAACUAAGUCACCCCCUUCAUUUUCUCGUUCUCUUCCCCCUCCUUGGCAGCCCGGCAACGGACCGUGAGACGCGGGACGCACCGGGCACCGACAGGACCCAUCACCGCAGGAGGAGGAUAUGUGAAGUUGGAAUCCCGCUAAACUAAUGCUGUGAAGUGGCUCUGUCCCUGGAGCUGAAACUUCAUCGCCGUGGUGUCAGCGAGGAUGCUGUGGGUUACCUUGCUGAGCACCAUAGCCUUAGGAUGGACCACACCAAUCCCACUGCUGGAGGACUCGGAGGAGAUCGACGAGCCCUGCUUUGAACCGUGCGACUGCGAGGUCAAGGAAGGCAUCUUCCAUGUCCAUUGUGACAGUAAAGGAUUUACAAAUGUCAGUCAGAUCUCUCAAAUUUGGAGCCGACCCUUCAAGCUCAACCUGCAGAGGAACUUAAUGAGGAAGCUCUACUUCAACAGUUUCCUCCAUCUUAACAAUGCCAUAUCCAUCAAUCUGGGUAACAACGCCUUGCAAGAUAUACAUGCUGGGGCAUUCAAUGGCUUGGGAAUACUUAAACGACUGUUUCUCCAUGAAAACAAACUAGAAGUUUUCCGAAACGACACAUUUCUGGGGCUGGAGAGUCUAGAAUAUCUCCAAGCAGAUUACAAUGUCAUUAAAAGGAUUGAAAGUGGUGCAUUCAGGCACCUUCACAAAUUAAGAGUACUUAUAUUAAAUGACAAUCUCAUACCCAUGCUGCCGAAUUACCUUUUUCGGUCUGUGUCCCUAACACAUCUGGACUUGAGAGGUAACAGACUAAAGACAUUGCAGUAUAAAGGCACACUGGAGUAUGUUGGCCGGAGCUUGAUGGAAAUCCAGCUGGAGGAAAACCCUUGGAACUGUGUGUGUGAGAUUGUCCAGUUAAAAACAUGGCUAGAGAGAAUCCCUUACACAGCUUUGGUGGGAGAGAUCACAUGUGAGACCCCGUUCCACCUACACGGAAAAGACCUGCGGGAAAUUAAACGCAGCGAGCUCUGUCCUCUUCUCACCGAUGCAGAGAUUGAGGCCAAGCUGGGAAUUCCUCGGGUGCCAUUCAGCAAUGAGAACACUUGGCCUACUAAACCUUCCUCCAUGCUCUCCCCUUUUCACAACACAGCCUCUUCUGUGGAGUACAAGGACAGACCUGCGAAGCCUACCAAAAAGCCUACCAGACGGCCCACAAAGAAUCCACCAACUCCUCGUAGCAUUUACCCAGGCCUCAACCAGCCCCCCAUUGCCGGCUACCAAACAAGACCACCCAUUCCAAUAAUCUGUCCAGCUAAUUGUAUUUGCAACCUUCACAUCAAUGACCUUGGGUUAACAGUAAACUGUAAAGACAAAGGCUUUCACAACAUUUCAGAGCUUCUGCCACGACCCCUUAAUGCCAAGAAAUUGUAUCUCAGUGGGAACCUGAUACAGAAGAUCUACCGUUCAGAUUUCUGGAACUUCUCAAGUUUGGAUUUACUACAUUUAGGGAACAACCAGAUAUCCUAUGUCCAGGAGGGUGCGUUUAUCAACUUGCCAAAUUUAAAAAGUUUAUAUUUGAAUGGUAAUGACAUUGAGCGGCUCUCGCCUGGUAUGUUUCGUGGACUUCAGAUGUUGAGCUAUCUUUACUUUGAAUACAAUGUCAUCCGUGAGAUCCAGUCUCAUUCUUUCUCCCUAAUGCCCAAUCUGCAAUUGGUUUUCCUCAAUAAUAACCUGUUGAGGUCAUUACCCAAUGAUGCCUUUGCUGGCACCAACCUUGCACGUCUUAAUCUUCGCAGAAAUCACUUUGUUUCCCUGCCAGUUCAUGGUGUCCUGGAGCAUCUGACUUCCAUUGUCCAGAUCGAUCUCCAUCAGAACCCCUGGGAUUGCUCAUGUGAUAUCAUCCCUCUCAAACAAUGGCUGGAAAAGCUAUCCUCCGUCAUUGUGGUGGGGGAAGUCACCUGCAACACACCAGAGUAUGCUUUUGGAAAGGACCUGCGUUCGCUUGAGGUUGAGGUCAUCUGUCCUGAGCUGAAGUACUCUUCAGGUCCCUCUCCUGUUCUGCCUGGUGGGGAUGACCUCACCACAGGGAGCUCUGAAAUGGGGGACUCAAGUAGGAGAGGGGCUGUUCCACUGUCGGUUCUCAUCCUCAGUCUGCUCAUCCUCUUCAUUUCAGCUGUGUUUGUUACUGCUGGGCUCUUUGCCUUUGUCCUCCGUCGCAGAAAGAAGCUACCUUUCCGGAAACGUUCUGAGGUGGACCUGACUGGGAUCCAGAUGCAGUGCAGGAUUUUUGAGGAUCCACCGAGGCAAAGCUGUGCCGGCAACCCUGGCACGCCGGAGAAACCAACACCCAGUUUACACACACAUUCGCACACUACUCACACACAUGGUCAUGGCCACGUUUAUGAUUACAUCCCGCACCCUGUGACUCAAAUGUGUAACAACCCUAUCUAUAAGCCAAGAGAAGGAGAGAUUGCUGAGGAGGAAAUGGCACAGUUUGCAGAAAAAAAAGACAAUGGCAGCAGUAGCAACAGUAACUAUAGAACCUUGUUGGAGAAAGAGAGAGAGUGGACCUUGGCGGUCUCCAACUCUCAGCUCAACACUAUUGUUAUGGUCAACCACACCACAGCGGACAUUUCAGGAUUUCAUGAGAAUGGAGGGCUCUGCCCCACAGUGAUUGACAGUCAGAGGCCCACGCCAACAGUGGGCUUUGUAGACUGUCUGUAUGGGACAGUGCCCAAAUUAAAGGACAUGCAUGUUGCACAUGCGCAUCCACCAGGCAUGCAGUACCCAGAUUUACAGCAGGACGCACGGCUGAAGGAGACGUUGCUUUUCACAGCCGGGAAAGGCUGCUACCCUGAUCCCUCCCAAAGUGAUUACCUCGAGUUAAGGGCCAAACUUCAAACCAAGCCAGAUUACCUCGAAGUCUUGGAAAAAUCCUACCGUUUUUAAUAACUUUGUAGCCCGGUAGAAAAGAACAACAAAAAAAACCCAACAUGAUUUUGUCAUUUUCACUAUGCCACCUUACAGACAAAAUUACUUAGACCAAUCUUAAAGCAAAAUUUGAUAAAACAGCAUGAAUUAAAAUGAAUAUGUAUAAUUAUACAGUCACAAAGCCCCCACUCCCACUUAAAAUCACCUUCGAGGAGAGGUCAUUCUCAGAUGUUUCAAUUAAGUGCCUUUUUUUCAGAGUAGCCAGCAACGUCAACCGUUAUUUUUAUAAUAUAUAAAUAUCUCUAUAUGCCCUGAAGAAAGCAAAGGAGAAAAAAAUGGGGCUCUGGGAAAUAAAACACAUGAACCAUGUUACAUCUGUCACUAAAAUCCAUUUGUAUGGAGCUAACAUGAUGUGCUACUAGUUACCAUGAGGACAAACGGGAGCUGGACGUCUCCCUUACUUUUUUGUUUUUCUUUUUUUUUUCCUCUCUCUUAUUACUCAACUAGGAUGUACAAACACCUGGAAUCUGUGCACAUUUUUUUCUUUGUAGGACAUUAUCAAAAGAGUUAAAAAAAAAAAAAAACUUAUAUUCAAACUGAACUGCAGUUUGCUGCAUGCACUCGCUUCAGUGCAGGAAGUGAGAGGAUUUACUCAGAACUAUCACGUCACUCUAUGAACAGAGAUACCGCAACACAUUUAUGGUUCAGUGUUCUAUUUAAUUUUUUAUAUCUUAUUAAUAUGGUUAUUACUAUAAAUGAAGACUUAUGUCUAUAUCAGGGUGCUUCUUGUAAAGAAAAAGGAAGCGCCAAUACAGGGAUGGUAAAACAUUUGUGAAUAUUAUUACGAGACCAUACUGAAGGGUUUUCUGAAUAUUUCCACACUCUUUGUUAUGGCCCCACCCCCUCUUCCCUUCUCAUUGCUUCUGGAUUUCCCAUUGCAAUCCACUAACAGCUUUGUAGUGAGCACUUUUAAUGUUUUCUCUUUCACAAAGAUUUGAAGAAAAAAUGUGCAUAUAUUUAUUCUGUAAUUUCAGUGAAGAAUUUUAUUGUAAAGAUAAUGUUAAAUCAAUGUAUAGUGAUUAUGCGUCUGGUAUAGCCUUCUUAAUAAAAACAAACUCUUUAAUCUAAUUGAUGAAGGUGUCAAUACCAAUUCCAGUGGAACAUGUGUGGAGUGGAAUAACAGGGUGUGUAUCUGGUAUAGGAUGUGGUCAGCCAUUAGCUGUUACUAGAUUCAAAAAGCAUGCGAGGCCAAGAAGCAGGGCAAGGUAUGACAAUACAAACGUGUUAGUAUUCACAUAAUGGGAUUUGCAUCCAAUGUAUCUUAACUACAUAGAAAGCAUAAAUGCAGGGUGCUGAUUUUUUUUUCUUCUUUUUUAACAGAGGGACUCAUUUUCAUAUUUUAAUGCGCAGUUUGACUUUAUUUUGUCCAGUACAUUGCAGGGUUUAGCCACAUUUAAUCUAAAACCAAAGUGAAACACAACCCAGAAAAGGUAGAGUAAAUCCUGCUGCCUCUUGUAGAAGAUAUCUCAAAAAGUAAAAGGCAAAUCAGUGAGGAAUGCCACAGCUGUCGCUAUCGCAACAUGUAUCACUGAUGUGUGCAAGUAAAAGGGUGAGCGAUAUCAUGAUUGGAAAAUACUUUUGUAAUUUAUACAUUUCAUUAUUUGGCUCUCUCAUCAAGUUGGCUAUAUGCUUUCACUCCACUGGAGGGCGAUAAAAGUGUUCUGCCAUUGCAGAAAUGUUGUCAUAUAUGCUAGAUUGGGUUUAGUUGACAGAUACACACAAUCACACACACACACACGUACCCAUGUGACUACAUCAUGAAGAUAUUAUCUUAUUAACUUAUUAAAUCUACACUAUGAAUUGAAUAUGUAAUUUACUUUCAGUAAUCAUAAUUUUAUGUGCUUUUUAAUUGUAUACCACAGGCUCCUUUCUUUCCUCAUCCAUUCUACAAACAAUGAAAAGGGAAUUUUAAACAAAGGCUGAGGGUUGUGUCAACUAUGGCUUGAUUUGCUAUAGAAGUCAAUAUUUUCAACCAAUAGACUCUUUUUUGUUUCUUAUAGUAACAUUUUUUGGGGAGAGAUGUAAAGUAGUCCUGUCAUCCUAAAACUUGUAAGUACAGUGAAUCUAAACCGUUUACACAUGCAUGUUAAAAUGCCGGUGUUUGGUGAUGAAACCACUGAGACCAAUAUAAAUUCUUUGAGAAUUUUUUUCCACCCUUAAUGUGACUUUUAUUUGGAAAUAUUUGGUCGCUCAUCUUUGCAAUACUCUAGACUUGUUCGACUGUGAAGGCAUCUCUUCUUUUCAGCCCAUUAGCCACCCCACAGGUUUCCAAUUAAAAUCAGGUCUUAGUUGUUGGUAGACCAUUCUAGAUAAGUCGUUAUUUUGUGGAUUUUGUAACGCACCAUGAGUUGGUGUGCUAAAAGCUGAAUUUAGUUAAAUUACAAAAGCAGAAAACUGAAUUCAGAUGUGAAAACAUUGGUAGUUGGGAAUCUUCAUGGUAUCCUCCACAUUGAUUAAGUCCCCCAUAUCCGGCUUCAGAACAUCAGUCCCACAGUAUGAUGUUGACACCACUGUGCUUCAGUUUAUGUAUCAAGUUCUUCUGGUGAUGUGUAAUGUUGUUUUAGCCCCAAGAAAACAUUUUGGGAUUAUGGUUCUAAAGCUCAACACUGGUUUGAUAAGACCAUAACACAUUUUCUCAUGAUUAGGCUUGAAGGCUUUUCAUACAUGAAAAUGCUUAUGUUUUUUUCUAUCUUACCAUUGUACCCAGGCCUAGAUAGAUCGCUAUCAGUACUUGUCAGACAUCCCUGCACUCCUCUUGACAGCCUCCCUGGCCAGUUUUCAUUGUAAUAUUAUCACCUUUGGAGGAAAAUCUAGUUCUUGUUAAUGACAAUGUUUUAGAUAUUUUCUACACCCGAUGUGUAGUCUACAUAAUGCCUUUUAAGAUGAGGUUGUAAGGGGUGGUCAGCCAGAUUCGCAUAUGAGAAGCUGCCCACACUUUCAUUUGAGUUGCAUGUGAAAUAGGUUACAAUAUGCAAGCUUUAAAAUGCUCUCAAAUGAUUGAUCUGGGUCUCAGUUGUUUUGGAUGCCAAAAACAAAUCAUAGGUAUUUUACACUAAGGUAUACAGACACCUUCACUGUGUGUAAAUUGGGAGAUGGAUUCAGAUUUUGUUUAAUCCCUUUGCUUUGAUUUCAAUGAAUUAAGUAAGUGAUGCUUAUUUGGAAAUAUAGUGUUAUAUUGCCUAAUAUAUGUCAACAUACACAAACUAAAAUGUAGCAAACCAAAUUUUAUUUUCUAAAAACAUGUUGAGGUAUUGUUGAUGAGUCAUCUCCGGUAUCGGUUAUCAGUGAUUCAGUCUGCAAGCUUGCAUUAAAUUGAGCAUUUUAUCUCACGUCGCCUUCAUUGUUCAUUUAUUUUUGGCAAGUGUUGCUGAUCAGACCAGCAAAUGACACAUUCAUAUCAAUUCUUCAAAAGUGUGGCCGAAUAAUGUCAAGCCUCUUUUGUUUUUAUUGCUUUCAGAGGAUGUUACGGUGCUGAAAUGCGAUAAUCUGCUCCACCUAAUUUAUCUUCUUCUUUUUCUGCUCUUCCACACAUUCGCACACAGAAAACACACGAAGCCUUAGUUUCCAUGAAUACAAGGUCAGAUUAGGCCGUAAACAGUUUUAGUGUGCACUCAGUUUGAUUAAAAAGCAUGAUGUAUUACUCUGUUAACCAAAACCCUUACCACCUCCAACCCACCCUGAAAUUAACAGAUAAAUAAAACAUUGCAAUCGUCAAUGAUUUUAUUACCUUUUUACCCUCCCCAUUGUUCAAUCAAUAAAUGAUUACACAGAUGAGCAUUGAGCUUUCCUCCAGGACUUUUUCACGUGUUCUUGUUAUUCUGCUUGAACAUCUGUUGGCCACUUGGCUGUGAAGGUUGCUCAUAUUUCUUCGAGAAUAAGAAUAUGCUGUGAUAUAAAUCCAUGAGUAAAACCACUUCCCGCUGUGUCCUGAAAAUAAGCUCAUUGUGAAACUGGUAGUUUUCCACUGGACCAUGAGUCCAAAGUGUACAGAUGUGGUGCAAUUCAAGUUAUUUUACUUUCACUUAAUAAAUAUGUGGUUUAUUUCUUGAGAUUCUAUUUGACCCCACAUUUUUCAAUAGCAGUUUCUUAAACAAAAGAAUAUAUGCAAUUUCCUAUGUGGAUGUUGCUCAAGUGAAAGCAUUUAUGGAAUACAUAUUACAUUCUCGAUAUUAUAUGAGGAUAUCUUAGCUUUAUAACUACAAUGCCUACUCAAGCUGAAAUAGCAUUCAGUUUUGCCAGUUUUUUUAACCGUGCCUGCUUUCUCUACUUGCCGUCACUUUUUAAAAUUUGAUUAUUUUCCAGUGGAUUUUUUUUGUCAUCAACGCACGCUUAUUACCACAGCUGUCUUGAUGUUUAUUUCUAUAUCUGCCGUCUGACAUGACAUUGCCAUGAUACUGCUGCUGUUAAUUCUUCAGGAGAUAUGAGAUACCAUAAUCCUAUUAGAAGAGCGUCAGCAGGCUCCUGUGGCAACUCUGAAUUCAGGACAGCCGUUAAUUGUCUGCAACUGCGCUGGGUAACAUUUGGAGUAAAAUUGAUAAUGGGGCAAUCUAAAAUUGGGAUCUUUUUUCAAACUUGGUGUGGUGUGAUGUUUUCUCCUUCUCUCUACUUACCUUUUUUUUCUUUUUUUACUUACCUUAUGUUAUGUUUUGGCCUCUGGUUGUUUGGGUGGUAUUUGUCUGCACUGCACAUUGGAGGAAACGUGCUGUCAGUGUGGAUCUGUAUGCAUUUAUGUGCACUUGUGUGUGCGUGUCACUGAUUGUGUGACGUUAUCAUCUGCUGCAUGAAUUGUUUGCUGAUUUGUUUUGUGGUGAUUUGAGUGAAAAUUGGCUUAGACUUUGAUGUGGAAUUGCAGCCCAUUAUAAAUGGAGAGGAAAGACAAGAGGAAUUCUGUUUUUGAAGAGCAGCAUUGAUAACUGGGGCAAGCCAAGACCAACAGCUUAGGAAGGUGUGACAGAACAUUGAAUCAACAGAAGGAGGUUCUGAAAACAGUGCCUUAUACAGAAAAUUAACAUAUGUUUAAUCAUCUAAAACUCCGAGUGCAAUGAAAAGACAAAAGAGUAGGAGGAGACAAAGAGCUACUUAGCAGUACUCCAUUUUUGUGUGUGGUAUACAUCUACUUUAUUGUAGUAAAAUGCAACAUUAUCUUUAGUAUGCUUAAAAAAAAGCCAAUCUGCCUCUGACCACUGUGCUGAGUUACAGUGUGAUGCAAAUGCUACACACAGAAAUAUAAAGUUGUGUGGCAUUUGGGUGAUCCAGAGAAUCUUUCUUUGCUUAUAUUUUUAUCUAGCAGCUAAUAUGCUGAUGCUGAUGGGUUAUGUAGUUCUGUUGCUUGUUAUGUAGCUCCGUCAGCUCCAUCAGCUCUGAUCAGUUAUCCUAUCCCCGGUAGAGAAAACAGUAUCAUUACUGUACGAUGCGGCCACUGCCAUCUUUUACAGGACAUAUUGUUUCCAGAAUGAUGUGCAAUGUUAGUUAUCUCUCACAUUGUGUGUUACAUAUGUUUUAAAGUUACAUUCUGGUCUAACCUGAUGAGCGCAUCUGCUUCCACAAAUUUACUGUGCCCUCUACAAAUGGAGCUUUUUAUGGCUUUCAUUGAACAAUAGUUUUCCUUUUGCAUGAAGAUCAGAUUUUUUUUUUUUUUUUGCAUGGUAGUUUUCCAAAGUUAUGGGUCUCUGCAACUCCUUCUGAGUUACUUUAGGGCUCUGUGUUGCCUUUGUUCAUAAUGUUCUUGUUACCAGGACUGUUAGAUUGAGUGGAUGAGAGCUGUCCUUUACUUCUACUUGAUUCAUGACUGAACUGUCGAGAUGUGCAGCGCAUGGGAAAACACAACCUGAAACUCCUAUAAACUUCUUACUAGCUUC